CCAAGAUCCAAGAUCCAAUCAUAAACGAAAACGAGUAAACAAACGUCAAUGUCGUCAAUGGACAUGGUGGAGGUCUGUCUGUCCCAUUGCCGGUACAACUUAUUUAUAUUUUGGUUUUAAAUUUUAGGUCCAUCAAAUUAAUUUUCACCGUACAGACACUGUGCGGGAUAGCAAUUUAGAGUUCCCAACAAAAUAUUUUGAUCAUGGAAGAAUCUGACGAUUACAAUAUGCAAACAACUUUACUACCAGAGAAAACCUUUGAGGAGGCUGGAAUAUCUGCACAGUGGGCUGGUGUCAAUCAUAUUGGAGUCCACACAUUCAAAAAGCCCCCCUGUAAAGAUGACGUUGAGAGCGCUCUGGCCCCAUGUGAAGCUAAAGUAUAUCAACUCAGACAGCAUUCCAUCCUCUUUGAUCCCAUUAUCCGUAAGCUGGUCAAUGAGGCCAACGGAACCUUUAUUGCUGGACAAAAAGUUAUAUCUGGCUCUGGGGCGAAGCAAGAAGCCUUGAAAUUGAGCCGCCAAUACAGGUCCGUCAUACGAGCCUGUAUCGAAGAUCUUCAGAAAGUAUCAAAGAAAUCAAUCAACGACUUUUACAAAGAGUAUCUAGCAAUCUUUUAUAAUAUAGAAUUGAUCUGGCACCUUACCGAGAUUAUGUUUGUGAAUGCUCUCCCUGGAGAUAUUGUUCUGCCUCACCUGCAAGAGUGGAUUCGGUUCCACUUCCCUAGUGGUGAAAUGACAGCAAUAAGAAUAUUGAACAAACUGGAGUGUGAUGCUGAUACGAAAUACACAGACUACUGGAAUAUUGUCAUCACUCUAAUCUUACAGGGCAACAUAGAACCAGCAAGAGGUUUAUUGAGACUUAACUCCAUGGCAGAUUCUGAUGCAUUUAUAUCUGCAGAAGAAAUGUUGAAAACGCUUCCUGUUUAUAAUGUGUUUGGUGGACUGUCUGUUGCUGAUUUCAAUACUAGGUUUGCCUCAUGGAAGAAUACUCUCAAGUCAAGAUUGAAUGCUAGAGUAUUUUCCAGCUGCAACAAUCUUGAACUUGUUAUGAAAAUGAUCCUAGGAGAGGCUGCUACAGAGAUGAAGCAACACUGCAGUACGUGGUACGAGCUGAUGGUCUCGUCUCUCAUGUACUCAGAGCCCACAGUGAAGUCGUUUGAUCUCAUCUAUCAUGCCAACAAGUGCAUCAUGCAGUUUGGUGGCACUUCUCAUCUCACACAGCUGGACCACAUCAUCCUUUCAUUGCUGGAGUGCAACCUACAUGAUGCCAUCAAGAAACUGCAGCAGACCUCGGACAGUGGCUGGGCAGCAGCUCACCUCACCAACCUGCUUUACAUCUGCGCCAGACUGAAUGUCAUCGACAAUAAACUCAUUAGUGACAUGCCUGAGAGGAUGGACGAGUGGUUGGUGGCUGACUACGCAAGUCUCCUGAUGUCACACAAGUCACUGUGGCAGGCUGGGUUGAGUUACCUAGACUACUGUCCUACCCUAGGCUCAGCAUGGCUCCGUCUAUUACUGCCUCGGGUACCACUCACCUCCCAAUCACGUGUUAACAUCAUCAUUCAGGCAGCAGUGGACAGAAACAUGCUCGACAUUGCGGCAAGUGUGUGCAAGGUUGCAGGCAUGAAGGAACUGCGUAGGCGCAGGCUAGGCCAAGCACUUUACUGGGCUCUGCAGUCACAGGAUCCUGGUUUUGCAACAUUUAUUGCGGACAAUAUCCUUGAGUACUAUGCAAGAGAAGGCGUAUUCAGCUCAGUGGAUUUACUUGACAACUUAGGGUCAUGUAUGCUCGUCUGUGACCGUCUGACAUUCCUAGGCAAGUACUGUGAAUUUCAUCAAGUGUUCAGCAAUGGAGAUUUGAAGAAAGCUGCUGGUUUGCUGAUAUCACUUUUGGAGUCAAAGAUUUCACCAAAAUAUUUCUGGUUGACCUUACUGACAGACUCCCUCCCUCUGCUGGAGUCCAAGGAGAUGCCGGUGUUCUCCUACAGAGACACAGUAACGUUGAUGGUGGCCUUGGAGGAACUGGAGAUGGAGAGAGUAGACCAUCCUAGAGCGCCACCACUCAGUACACUCAAAGAGAAGCAUCGUCUGGUGCGUAUGGCUCUUACACAGAAUCUCGCCAGAGCCACACUUUACGAGAAUGCUCCGAUAGCAUAACACCACUUAUAAAAGACUAAUGCUAAAGUGAAAUGUUUGUAAUUUUUUACUUUGUUUAAAAACUCUUAUAUUUAGGAACUAGCUGUGUCAACUUUAUAUUUGUAAAAAAAAGUUUUUUGACA